GUUAUCGAUUUUAUUAUAUCAAAUGUGGGUAGUUGAUUUCAUGCUGGGUAGUUGUAAUAAAAUGAAAUUAUACAUUAUUCUAUUGACAAUCUGCUGCGUUGUUUUCGGACAUACUAAUGAUCGUCUCUUAAGACGACGCAAGAGAGGUGCGGAGGGUGCGGCGGGCGCCCUUGACAUCGUCACGAACAACGCUCAGCCUAUACACGCCGAGGUCAAACGGGAAAAUGCCGAGGUCGCCGAAAAGGUAACACCACCAAAGGAAGUGGUCUUCGAAACAAAAUCAUUACGAAAGUCAACACCGUUAACUACUAAAUUAGAUCUAAUUCGUGGCAUCAGCAGAAUAAUUACAUUAUCUGUUCUCGCGUUAUCUGCUAUAUUUGAGUUUUUCCCUUUCCUACGACAAGCUUACGAUGCUGUUAUUGAAAUUAUGUAUAACAUAUGA